AUGGGUGUCCCAGCGCUUUUUCGAUGGCUCACUAGGAAAUAUCCCAAGAUUAUCACGCCCGUGAUCGAAGAACAACCCGUCGACAUUGACGGCGUGAAGUAUCCCGUGGACACCACCAAGCCCAAUCCUAAUGGAGAAGAAUUUCACAACCUGUAUCUUGACUUCAAUGGCAUCGUCCAUCCUUGUUCUCAUCCAGAGGACAAGCCACCCCCGGCAAAUGAAACUGAGAUGAUGUUGGAGAUCUUCAAGUACACGGACCGCGUUGUAAACAUGGUUAGACCUCGAAGACUGUUGAUGAUUGCAAUCGACGGCGUUGCCCCUCGAGCGAAAAUGAACCAGCAACGAGCGCGGCGCUUCAGAUCGGCGAGAGAUGCAAAAGAGGCGGACGAGAAGAAGGCGGAAUUCCAGACACUCCUACGCCAGCAGCGCAGCAACAACGACGACGAUGAGGAUGAUGAUGAAGCAGAGACGGUGGAAGAGGUAGUCAAGAAAACAUGGGACAGUAAUGUCAUCACACCUGGCACGCCUUUCAUGUUUAUCCUUGCUCAAUCCAUUCGAUUCUGGGUCCAAUGGAAACUCAAUACGGAUCCUGCCUGGGCACAGCUGAAGGUCGUGAUCUCCGACGCCAGUGUGCCGGGCGAAGGUGAGCAUAAGAUCAUGCAAUUCAUUCGUUCCCAGCGCUCAGACCCCGCAUAUGAUCCCAACACAAGACACGUCAUGUACGGUCUCGAUGCAGAUUUGAUCAUGCUUGGUAUCGCUACACAUGAGCCUCAUUUUCGUGUCCUCCGAGAAGACGUCUUCCUGAAUGAUGCCAAGGCCAGAACCUGCAGAAUUUGUGGUCGCCAAGGUCACUAUGCCGAUAACUGCAGAGGUGAAGCCAAGGAGAAGUCAGGCGAGUUCGAUGAAAAAGGCACGGUUGAGAAGUUGAAGCCAUUCAUCUGGUUGAACGUCCCGGUACUGCGUGAGUAUCUCGGUGCGGAGAUGUUUGUGCCCGGUCAGACUUUUCGCUUUGAUCUCGAACGCGCCCUCGACGAUUGGGUCUUUAUGUGUUUCUUCGUGGGCAAUGACUUUUUGCCCCAUCUUCCCAGUCUGGAUAUCAAAGAAGAUGGUAUCGACAAGCUCAUUGCUAUCUGGAGAGACAACAUCCCACUCAUGGGAGGCUACCUGACCUGCGACGGCAAGGUCGAUCUUGCCCGUGCACAGAUCAUCCUACAGGGUCUGGCCAAGCAAGAAGACGCAAUUUUCAAGCGCAGGAAGGAGGCCGCAGACAAGCAAGCAAUAAGGGACCAACGCCGUAACGAUGCAAACAAAGCCCGAGACGCUCGUAACAACAAGAGACGUCGAAGCUCUCCAGACUACACCAAAGGUAGCAGAGUUGCUGCGGAUGCUCGUGUUCCGACUGGUAUGCAGACGUUUGAGGCCACCAAUUUUCCAACUCUGGACUACAACUCAAUUGUCAACAGAGGUGCUGUGGACAAAACACUUGCUUCAAAUAAGAGCGCUGCGGCCGUCCUGAAGGAGCAAAUGCUCGCCCGGAAAGCUGCUGCUGAGACUGCAGCAAAAGACGCAGCGAAUGGAGCCAAUGGAACUCCAGGCUCUGCAGGAGCCGUUCUGGGCAAGCGAAGUGCGUCGCAGAUGGAGGCGGAGUCUGAUGAUCCCGGAACCCCUGCCUCGGCACUAGGCAAACGACAGGCUGCAUUGAUGGACGACGAGCCAGAGACUGAUGGCACACCCGGCCGGAACACCCCCGUCGAGAAGAAGACUUCCAACAACGCUGAUCCCAACAACCCGCCACCAGAUACGGUUCGGUUGUGGGAGGAAGGCUAUAGCGACCGAUACUACGAGCAGAAGUUCCAUGUCUCACCUCACGAUAUCGAGUUUCGCCACAAGGUUGCUGAAGCCUACGUCGAAGGAUUGUCGUGGGUACUUCUGUACUAUUUCCAAGGAUGCCCUUCGUGGACCUGGUACUACCCGUAUCAUUACGCUCCGUUCGCUGCAGACUUUGUCGAUAUUGACAAGAAGGUCGUCAAAUUUGAGAAGGGAACACCGUUCAAACCAUACGAACAGUUGAUGGGGGUGCUGCCCGCGUCCUCCAACCAUGCCAUCCCCACUGCUUUCCACCCCCUGAUGACCGAACCAGAUUCUGACAUUGUCGACUUCUAUCCCGAGGAAUUCGAUCUUGAUCUGAACGGGGCGAAGCAAUCCUGGAAGGCUAUCGUCUUGUUACCCUUCAUUGACGAAAAGCGUCUGUUGAAAGCCAUGGCCACCAAAUAUCCGCUCCUUACCGCCGAUGAGCAUGCGAGGAAUGAGCACGGAUACGAUGCCUUGCUUAUAUCAGAGCAGAAUCCACUCUAUGAACAGCUGGCAUUGAAAUUCUACUCGAAAAAGUCCAAGGACGCUCCCAAGACGGUGAAGUUGUCCAUGCAGAAGUUUCAGCUCGCUGGCGAUGUGAUCAAGAAUGAAGACUUCCUGCCUCACAUGGAUCUGGUAGGCCCAGAACCCGGCAUCAGGCUGGACCCUGACGUCGAUGACGAUCGCUCUAUGAGCGUCUUCUUCGUCAUGCCGCCCCCAACGCAUGUCCACAAGUCCAUGUUGUUCCCAGGGGUCGGCUUGCCUCCGGCUGUCCUGGACAAGAGUGAUUUGGCAAUCCUUCGAUCAAAGGCCAGAACCUCUGGACGAGAUUUUGGAGGUGCACCACUUUACGACAACACUCGGCGCGAUCCCAUGGAUAACCAAAAUCGAGGUGGUCGCAUCAACUAUGCCGCGGAUCGUCCACCUUUGAAUGGGCCUCCUAUGAUGCCGCCUCCCAACCAGUGGCCUCCGGGAAUGCCACCCCCACCGCCACCAAACUUUGGUGGUCAGAACGCCUACAAUCGUGGUCCUCCUCCUCCUCCGUCGAACGGCUACCCAGGAUACAACAACUACGCCAAUCAGGGUUACGGAGGGUAUGACCAAGGACAGAAUGGUGGCCAGGCACACAAUGGGUACUACGGCGGAAACCAGGGACAACCCCAGUACGGGAACAAUGGGCAUUAUCAGCAGAAUGGUGGAAGAAGCUUUAGUGAUGGAAAUUAUCAAAGUCAGAAUCGUGGUCCUCCUGGACGGGAUAAUUGGGGUGGAAAUCAUGGAGUCAAUGGCUACAAUCAAGGCGGAUAUGGUCGGCGUUAA